AGGAUAUCAACCUGGGUACGUCUAUGUAAGGUAUGCUAUGUACCUGCAGCCCUAAUUGGGAGAACGUGCUGUGCCGUACCCUUACUUCCCAAACGGGCGAGAUGAGCCUUGGCAUAGACGCUGCUAUUGGUGAUGCUGGAUUUUGGGUCGGCAUCCCCCUGUAUUAUCCCUGAUAUUAGGCUGUGCGCAACCGUCUCCCCCAUUGGCCCUAUUGGGGGUGAAGAUUUAUGCCUAGCUACCUUAGGUAGCCAGCAAGCACAUUGAACCAUGAGGCUAUAGGCAUGCCCCGUCGCCCAUAAUUUUAACAUCUGGCUCGGCCGGUAAUGAUAUUUCUCCUCUAUGCCAGCCAUCAUGGUAAUUAGGUACUAUCGCCGACGUUUUCCUGCCCGAUAGCAAUCGCGAAGUGGCACGAAGUUCGACUCUACUGCGUCUUGUUUCCAUUAGAAGUAAAGGAAGAAAGCCGGCCAUGAGCAACAUGCCUAUAGACCAUACGGCUUUGCAGCCUGGGCUCGAGCUCGCUUAUUCCACCGACCCGGAAGUCGUGAACCCGCCGUCGCACAAAUAUCUCGUCCAAGAAUCUGGUCCGGGACUUACACCCCCCAAGACUGACAGCCCUUCGUAUAGUACACAACCAGUUUAUUCAGCAUAUGCUUCGAAGGACGCAGUGCCGCAGCCACCACCUCAAGGAGGAAUUGGUCAUAGAAGAAAGCUAUACUUUCUAAUCGGAGGCUUAGUUAUUAUUGCGGUAAUCGUGGGUGCGGUCGUCGGCGGUGUUCUCGGCACCCGGGCGGCUUCGAAUGGUGGAUCGGACGCGUCUGCAAAACAAGCAUCUUCAGCCUCAUCUUCAACAUCAUCUUCAACCUCGUCUUCAACCACAUCUUCACCAAGCCCAACGUCGACACCAAGCUCAAGCCCGACAGUAAACACGACAGCAGUCAGGCCCAAGACGAGGCUCACAGUGACGGGCCGGCGCGUACAAGGCAACGGCUUUACCUCGCGGCUGUUCUGGCAAGGAGGCGACAACAAGAUCCGCACGUCGCGGUACAGCAGCAGCACUGGCCAUUGGUCGUCUCCGUUAGUCUUCGACGACGUAGACGCGAAGCCCGGGACGCCGAUUGCCGGGACCAUCUACCUGCAAUUCCCGCAGUUCGAGUUCUUCUACUUAGACCCGUCGUCCACGUUCCAGGGGAUCAACUUCCUCGAAGAUGAGACGGUGCCCAAGAUCGAUAGUAUUAGCUCGGACCGGGCGCCUUUCACUGUGUGGGAUAGCUCCAAGAUGAGCGCCUAUUGGCCGUACGUCAUAUAUCAGAACGAAAACACCACUUUUCAUCGUGUGGUUUACGACGGACACGGAAGGGGUUGGUUCAAUGACUUGGUGCAGGGCUGGGAACAUCCGGAUGAUAUUCCCAUGGGCGACGUCGGCUCAGGCAUCGCAGUAAUACCGUUGGUAAAUGACUUUCACACACCAUAUGCAGCGGGUCUCGCAUACCGCGAUCCAAACGGUCGCUUGUCUAUAUUCCCAUUCGGCGGUGUUGACACGGGAGUAGCUUGGUAUUUCGGAUCGCCCGGCGUCACAAUCCCCCCAGGAACGUCUAUUGCGGCGAUGGCAAUUGCGCGGGAAGGCACAAACACGACGAAUACAUGGAUUCUGUACCAAGAUGAGAAUAAUAAGAUCCAAUCAGUAUGGCAAGAAGACGACAAUUCAUGGCACGGCCCACAGGAAGUGGGUGACGCGGACGCCGGCACAGAUAUUGCAUGCUUGACUGAACAGAUCGGCGACCAGCCUACGCAGUCAAACCUAGCGCCGCAGACGGAUAUGAGACGCUGUUAUUACCAGUAUAAAGGCUUGAUUCUAGAGAAGCGGCUUACAUCUUCUAGCUGGGUGGAUGGCGCCUCGAUCCCAAUGGAAUAGAUCGGAUAGACUUUGCGACGCAUUGACUAAUUGUUGUAAUACUAUAAUUAGAGAUGAUUAGAGAUGGAUACAUAUCGUGGAAAGAUGUGUCUGCUGAUUGGUUGUGUAUAUACUAGAUUAGGGUUGGUGAUUCUCAGGGUUUACCUAUGCAGCAGAUCAGAUGAGAAAAGGCCGUGUAACUCCUAGAGCGGAUAUGUUAAGCACACACACAGAAUGAAAAGUUGUAAAUUAGGGG